CCCAUAUUGGGCAGUGCCGGCCGGUCAAGCCCGCUAGCUGCCCCGCCCCGGCCAGCCUGGCCCCGUCAGCGCGGCCACAGGGCCAGGUCGCGGCGCCAUCGCUGCGACCUCUGCGGAGCCAGUGGGGCCGAGCCUCAAGCCGGGGGUCAGCAGCUUGAAACCGGAUUCUUAUCUUUCCCUCAGGAGUGUUCCAGCACAUCUCUGUUGCUUUGUGAGUAAUCAGACAUGCAAAUAGCCCCCCAAGAAUCCAGCUACAUUUGAAGAAGACGUACGUGGAAACACUGGAAAAGUGUAUCAUGGAGUGCAAGGCUGAGGGAAAAGAAAAAUACCAACAUAGUUUGAAUUUACUGAAUCAAGUUAGGAACAUGAAAGAAUUAGCAGAAAUGAUUGAUGUCAUACUCAUAGCAGAAGGGGAGAAAUUUCCUUGCCACAGGCUGGUCCUGGCUGCAUUUAGUCCUUAUUUCAAAGCUAUGUUCACCUGUGGACUACUCGAAUGUACUCAAAAGGAAGUCAUACUUUACGACAUCACAGCAGAAAGCGUGUCCGUGAUAUUGAAUUACAUGUACAAUGCGGCUUUAGAGAUCAAUAACGCCAACGUGCAGACCGUAGCGAUGGCUGCCUAUUUCAUGCAGAUGGAAGAAAUCUUUAGUGUGUGUCAAAAAUAUAUGAUGGACCAUAUGGACGCCUCGAACUGUGUAGGUAUCUAUUAUUUUGCAAAGCAGAUUGGAGCUGAAGAUUUAUCUGAUCAGUCGAAGAAAUAUUUGUAUCAGCACUUUGCUGAGGUGAGCUUGCAUGAAGAAAUAUUAGAAGUCGAAGCACACCAAUUUCUUACACUUAUUAAAUCAGAUGACCUUAACAUAUCCAGGGAGGAGAGCAUUCUGGACCUAGUCCUGAGAUGGGUAAAUCAUAACCAAGAAUUGCGCACAGGGCAUCUUGUGGAGCUUUUGAAGCAAGUCAGAUUGGAACUUAUAAAUCCUUCUUUUUUAAGACAAGCCCUAAAAAGGAACACGAUGCUUCUGUGUGACGCAGCUUGCAUUGAUAUAAUUCAGAACGCGUUCAAAGCCAUCAAGACACCCCAGCAGCACUCUCUGAAUCUUCGCUAUGGCAUGGAGACGACUAGUCUUCUGCUUUGCAUUGGCAACAAUUCUUCAGGAAUCAGGUCAAGACAUAGGAACUAUGGGGAUGCCAGUUUUUGUUACGAUCCCACUUCACGGAAGACCUAUUUUGUCUCGUCCCCCAAGUAUGGAGAGGGCUUGGGAACCGUGUGUGCUGGUGUGGUCAUGGAAAACAACACCAUCAUUGUGGCUGGAGAAGCAAGUGCCUCUAAACUCUCUAGACAAAAGAGCAAGAAUGUUGAAAUCUAUAGGUAUCACGAUAGAGGAAACCAGUUUUGGGAAAAGUUAUGCACCGCUGAAUUUCGAGAGCUCUAUGCUCUGGGCAGUGUACAUAAUGACCUCUAUGUAAUAGGAGGACAGAUGAAAGUUAAAAACCAGUAUCUCAUUACAAACUGUGUGGAUAAGUACUCUAUAGAACGGGACAAUUGGAGAAGGGUGUCUCCCCUUCCACUGCAGUUGGCAUGUCAUGCCGUAGUAACCGUGAAUAAUAAACUUUACGUGAUCGGAGGCUGGACCCCUCAGAUGGAUCUCCCUGAUGAAGAACCAGAUCGACUAAGCAACAGACUGUUGCAGUAUGACCCCAGCCAGGAUCGAUGGAUGGAGCGGGCACCCAUGAAGUUCUCUAAGUACCGAUUCAGUACAGCCGUAGUCAACAGUGAGAUUUAUGUUUUGGGUGGAAUUGGCUGUUUAGGGCGAGACAAAGGCCAGGUUCGAAAGUGCCUUGAUGUGGUGGAGAUCUAUAACCCUGACGCAGACUUCUGGAGAGAGGGCCCACCUAUGCCAAGUCCCCUGCUCUCCCUUCGAACCAAUUCUACCAAUGCAGGAGCAGUGGAUGGCAAGCUCUAUGUCUGCGGGGGAUUCCACGGAGCAGAUCGACAUGAGGUUAUCUCCAAAGAAAUUUUGGAGCUGGACCCAUGGGAAAACCAAUGGAAUGUUGUAGCCAUCAAUGUCCUCAUGCAUGACAGUUAUGAUGUCUGCCUGGUGGCUAGGAUGAAUCCCCGAGACCUCAUCCCCCCGCCUUCAGAUCUGGUGGAAGAAGGCAAUGAGCACUGAGAAUACUCCUACUGCAGCAGCAUUGCCCAAAAUGGGGCUAGCGGUGGACCACAAGUUCCUAACAGCCCAGGCACUCAAGCCCGACCACAGUGAGCAGAGAAACUCCACCCUCAGUCAGGUCUGUGUCAGGGACCAAUAUGGAGAGCUCUGUUGCCCUGGCCCACUCUGGGGGUAUUCUGGACUAGACUUAUUCAAGCUGCCCUCCAGCAUACAUGACCCUUUGCAGGUGGCCCUGGCCAGGCUCUGGAGUGGAGGACAGAGAAAGCACAUCCCUUUGGCUGCCAGCUACCUGCCCUCUUACCAAGCCUUUGCGGUAUUUUCCCUAAGACUGCAAGUAGGGAUGGAGCUGCCUGCUUCAGCCCACAGUUGAGCAUAAUCAGACAACAGCCACUCCCAGAAUAUACUUUAAGGGUGACAUUUAAACGACACAUGGGGAAUCCAUCUAUUUCACUUGCCAUCCAUACUUCUGGAAGCACAGUGGAUUCAAAAGAGUGCACUUUUGAUAGCUCUUCCUCGAUAAC